CGGCGGGCACCGCGAGCAUCUGGAAGGAGAGACACAGCCGGGUUGGGAGGGUGCAGGCAGUGUCAGACAGGGGUACGGAGACCGGGGCUCCCCAGGAAGACAUGCAUCGGCAGCGAUAGGAGCAGAGGGAGGCAGAGGCAGGCAGGAACGCGGGUGUCCUCUCCCCGCCGGAUGCGCCCCCAGACCCCGCACUCAUGCACACGCAGACCCCGGGAAGAGAGCGGGGAUCAGGCAGGAAGCCCCAGCCUCGGGACCCUCAGCGGGCAAAGAAAGAAGCCGUUUCUUGGCACAUCACCUUGCUGUGCGCCGGCUCUGAGCUCGCAGCUCCUGCUGGAAACGCAGCCCAGCCUGCAGCUCCCUGCUCUCGGGAGCUGCCGCACGCGCCGCCGUCUGGAGCCGUCCACUCAGCUCCUGCGCCCGCGCGCGCCCCGUGCCCACCCUCCCCCCGCGCCCGGCGCCCGCCGUUCCCCUCGGUUCACCCGCUCCUCCUUCCCCACCUCCUCCUUUCCCCUCUUCCACCUCCUCCAGGCCCACCUUCCGCUCCCGGAAUCCCAGCUGCAGCGAGUGAGUGGGCUCCGGAUGCGACGCAGCGCUGGAGCCGGAGGAUGCCGGAGCUCCGGGCCUAGAAACCCGCGUCUGCUUUCUAACAUCUCGCCUCCGAAAGAGGCUCUCCGAGCCCGAGGCAGCUUGCUGGUUCUCCCUGCGCCCGGGGUGAUCUCUCUCGGAGUCCGCGGUCUCUCUCAGUUGCCCUGCUCUGCGAUUUCCAGGGUAGUCAGUGCCUUGUCUUGAAUUUAUGAGAAACAAGAAGGAGGUCAAGGAACUUACUUUCAUGUUGCUUCUCAAGUGUUCAGGUCAUUUGGCAAUCCACUCCUCCCUGCCUCCUUUCGAGUCAUCCUUCUAUGAUGUUUGCAAGUACAGAAACCAGACCUUGGAAGAAUGGAGCUAUUCUGUCUCUCUCAGAACAGAAAAUUGUUAGAUAGUUUUUAAAUAAUAAAUAUAUUGGCUUCCA